AUGAAGUUCACUACUAUCAUCGGCUCUCUCUGCCUGGCGCUGGCCCCGCUUGCAGCCGCAACUGAGACCACCACCACCAUGACCUCUACCACCACCAUCACGAAGACUCUGAUUCGUGUUAACUCGGUGACUCCGACUCCCAGCUCCAGCAUGGCUACGAUGCCUGCUUCUUCCACCUCUACCCCGCUGUCCAAGGCAGCUUCUACCACCUCGGCCAUUGCAGCCGCUUCUUCCACUGGCGCGGCCGCCCACGUUGGCGCUGGCAUGCCAGCUGCCCUGGCUGCCGCCGGCUACAUCGCUGUGAUUGUGGGCCAGGCCCUAUAA